AGAGAGAGAGAGAGAACGCGCUUUCUCUGUUCUUUGGGUCCAACAUAACAGCUCGGUAGCGAGCGAACACAGUUUCUGAAAAUUUCUCUUUCUUUCUUCUUCGUCUUCUUCCUCUUAAUUAUUAGUAUUUUUUUUCUUUUUUUUUUUCUGAUUUUUUUAGUCUCAAAUAUUUUCAUUUUCGUUUUCAUUAGUUCAAACAAAUCUGAAGCCUUAGAUUUCUUUCUGCAUUAAUUUGGAGCUCGACUUAUAGCAAUCCUCUUAUCGGUUUAAGUGUUCUUUAACUUCAAGUUCAACCGAAGCAAACUUUCAUGGACAAGAGAAACUGGAAAUUCAGCAGAUUUGGUGGCCUUCUGCUCUUUUUGCUCCACCGCAGCUUGAUUUUGUGUUGGUCGCUCAACGACGAAGGAUUGGCGUUGUUGAAGUUUAAAGAGAGAAUAGGGAGCGAUCCGUACGGCGCGUUGAAGAACUGGAAGGAUGAAGAUGGAGUUGUUGAUCCGUGUACUUGGUUUGGAGUUGGGUGCUCUGAUGGCAAAGUUGUAAUUUUGAACUUGAAAGAUCUUUGUCUUGGAGGAACACUAGCACCUGAACUCAGAAACCUUGUUCACAUAAAGUCUAUUAUUUUGCGCAACAAUUCUUUAACUGGCAAAAUUCCCAAUGGAAUUGGGGAGUUGAAGGAAUUGGAGGUGUUAGAUUUUGGAUACAAUAACGUCUCUGGACCACUUCCACCAGAUCUUGGCAGUAAUCUCUCUCUGACAAUCCUCCUCCUGGACAACAACAGGCUUCUUGGCAACUUAUCGCCUGAAGUUGAACAACUGAAAACACUUUCUGAAUUUCAAGUGGAUGAAAACCAACUAGCUACUGCAGCUCAAGGAUCAUCUUGCAAUAAAAGAUCCACUAUAUGGAACUCUAUGCAAACUGAAAAUGCAAUCAAUAGGCGGCAGCUGCAAGUGACCGGUGCCUCCCGGGAAAAUGAACCACCAUAUUUACGAGGCCGUUUCAUUUUUCCACCACCACCUCCUGAUUCUGGAAAUGGGAGAUUUGUGCCACCACCAUUUUUGCCUUCUCCCCCGGUGAAUGUUCCUUUCCCAUCUCCUCCACCAAAAUCAAAUCCGCCUUCCCCUUCUUUUCCAUCUCCUCCGCAGGAGCCACAUCUGCCUUCCCCUUCGCCAAGUGGUUCUGCUUUAAAUCCUCCUUCCAUUCCAACUCCAUCCUCUAAUAGUCCUAGUAAAGAUGUUGCAAUAAUUGCCGGAACCAUCGGGGGCUCUCUAUUUGUUGUUUCCAUUAUCAUCAUAUAUGUCUGUAAAAUUAAGAAGGCUACUGUCAAACCUUGGGUCACAGGAUUGAGUGGGCAACUUCAGAAAGCAUUUAUAACUGGUGUACCAAAGCUUAAGAGAUCUGAACUUGAAGCAGGCUGUGAAGAUUUCAGUAAUGUAAUUGGUUCUUCACCAAUUGGCACACUGUACAAGGGAACACUCUCCAGUGGUGUUGAAAUAGCUGUGGCCUCAGUUGCAGUAACAUCUUCCAAGGAUUGGCCUAGGCAUUUAGAAGUUCAGUUUAGGAAGAAGAUUGAGACAUUAUCAAAAGUGAAUCACAAGAAUUUCGUCAACCUUAUCGGAUACUGCGAGGAGGAGGAGCCCUUCACGAGAAUGCUGGUUUUUGAAUAUGCUCCAAAUGGGACACUCUUUGAACAUUUACACAUUAAAGAAUCUGAACACCUGGACUGGGGAAUGCGGUUGAGAAUUGCAAUGGGCAUGGCUUACUGCCUCGAGCAUAUGCACCAGCUAAACCCACCGAUAACUCACAACAAUCUCAACUCUUCAGCCAUUUCUCUCGCUGAAGAUUAUGCAGCCAAAAUUUCAGAUUUCAGUUUUUCAAAUGUGAUAACUACAACUGAGAUGGAAUCAUCCGGCGAAAAGUUCUUGGAUACCCCAAUGGCACAUCCAGACAGUAAUGUUUACAGUUUCGGAGUGGUAUUAUUUGAAAUGAUAACGGGUAGGAUACCUUACUCGGUGGACAAUGGUUCACUUGAAGAUUGGGCGUCAGACUAUUUGAGAGGUGAUCAACCCCUUAAAGACAUGGUUGAUCCGACUCUAGACUCGGUCGAAGAGGAGAAGGUGGAAAGAAUAGGUGAAGUGAUAAAAUCUUGUGUCGACCCAGAUCCAGAGAGAAGACCGGCAAUGAGAGAAGUCACUGCAAGACUAAGAGAGAUAACAGGAAUAACACCAGAUGCAGCAACUCCAAAACUCUCUCCUCUUUGGUGGGCAGAGCUUGAAAUUUUGUCACCAGAUGCUAGCUAAAGUAGAAACACCAGAAUGCAAGCAAGAGAUCAAGUUCUCUGGCCAUUGCUUAAAGUUUACAAGGCACAGAAAAGCAGUUGCCUGUAAGUUUAUACUUGUGUAUCAGAGAGUUGCUUGUAUAUAACUUAGGAAGAGUGGAAAUAUGAUAAAUCCUUGGCAUUCUUUUUUCUUAAUACUUUAUUUCUUUUGAAUUUCCUGUUUGGAAUUUGGGUGUGAAUGCAACACAAGCACAUCUAUAUACAAACUUCUUGGUGUUCUCUCUC